AUGGAUAAAGCCGGCUUCGAAACCCGGCCAAACAAAAUCGGGCAGGACCCGACAGUUGCUCACGACGCUAACAACACCACCGCCUUCCUGUUGCCUAUUCAGCUGCCAUCUGACUCUCGGGCCCUGCGUAUCCUCUCGAAAUCUCUGCUAUUCGCCAUGGUCUUCCUGUCCCUGCCCUCCAUCUACACCCUCAUCAAGAGGGCCUCCUCGCACGAGCACGAGGAUUCGAACAACACCUUCAAGCUCCUACCCAUCUUGCUCCGAAAUCUGAUGGAGGAGGGUCUCAUCAAGAAUGGCCAAACGGGGCUCGUGUUGGGCGCCCACAAGCUCGAGAACGAUCUCGACUUUCUAAAAGACGCGGGCAUCGAGCUCCUGUCCGGGGUCGAUUCUCCAGAAUUUGGCCACGCUCGGGCCUUCGAUUUCUUGUUUGUCCCGAGUUUCGGGCAGGUGGGCCUUGCGGACGGGCUCGUCCGGGACAACGGGCUUGUCGUGUCGUCCCUGGGGAGGGACCCACCGGCGGGGCUGCGCCUGUUGAGCAACUACAGGAUCGUGUACCUGAGGCGACUGGAGAGCACGGUGGUGGGCAUGAGGAGGAGCGGGCCCGUGAAGAGCCCGGUGUGCGGGGCGACUUCGGAGGAGAAGAGGGAGGCGCUGAAGGGGCUGGAGGACGUGUACUUGGAGCCCGUGCCGAGGCGGGCGGGGAGGAAGAUGAGAUUCCUGCCGGAGCUGGUGAAGGAGUCGCUGGCGGAGUACCCGAGGCGGGUGUUUGUGUCGGACGACUCGCGGGCGGUGGAGUGGUUCUACGGGAACUACCCGACACAGGAUGAGGAAUUCGAGGUGUACAAGAGUAUGGAGGAGAUGGAAGUGAGGAUGGAGGACUAUGUGGUGAUGAAGGCAGAGGCAGGUGUGGUGGAGGAGAUGCUGAGAGAGAAGAGGCUGUGUUUGGUGGACGAGCUGUUUCUUGAGUGCAGGAAUCAGUGGGUGGACGGGGCAGGGGAGAAGAGACCCUACUGGGAGUGUCUCAGUCUGUAUGGGAAAGUCAGGGAUGAGGGUAUUGCUGUGCACCAGUGGUGGGAUUAA